GCGUGCGCCCUCGCAGCAUGUUCAGAGCGCGCGGGCGGCGAUUGCCUGAGUCUGGUGGAGUCGCCGGCUGUGGAAACGCGUGUUGCUGAGAAGGCUGAGGAGACCCAGGCGGCCCUGGCGUGAGAGAGCGGCCGGCCGCCAUGAAGCCGCCCGCAGCCUGUGCAGGGGAUGUCCUGGAUGCAGCAUCCCCAUGCUCCGUAGUCAACCAUCUGCGCUGGGACCUGAGCGCACAGCAGAUCGAGGAGCUGACCAAGGAGCUGAUAGAACAGACCAAGCAGGUGUAUGACCGAGUGGGCUCCCAGGCCUUCGAGGACGUGUCUUACGAGAACACACUGAAGGCCCUAGCCGAUGUGGAGGUGACCUACACAGUACAGAGGAAUAUUCUGGACUUCCCCCAGCAUGUGUCACCCUGCAAGGAUAUCCGCAUGGCCAGCACAGAGGCCGAUAAGAAGCUCUCGGAGUUCGACGUAGAGAUGAGCAUGCGGCAAGAUGUGUACCAGAGGGUGGUAUGGCUGCAGGAAAAAGUCUCAAAGGAUUUCUUGCGGCCAGAGGCAGUGCGAUACCUAGAGCGGCUGAUCAAACUAGGCCGGAGAAAUGGGCUCCACCUGCCUGAGGAGACGCAGGAGAAGAUCAAGAGCAUCAAGAAGCAACUCAGCCUGCUGUGCAUCGACUUCAACAAGAACCUGACUGAGGACACUACGUUCCUGCCAUUCACACGGGAGGAGCUGGGUGGUCUCCCUGAGGACUUCCUGAACUCGCUGGAAAAGAUGGAAGAUGGCAAGCUCAAGGUCACUCUCAAAUACCCACACUACUUCCCACUGCUGAAGAAGUGCCACGUGCCUGAGACUCGGCGCCAGGUGGAGACAGCCUUUAAUUCCCGCUGCAAGGAGGAGAACUGUGCCAUCCUUAAGGAGCUGGUGGCCUUGCGCGCUCAGAAGUGCAGUCUGCUGGGAUUCCACACACACGCCGACUAUGUCCUGGAGAUGAACAUGGCGAAGACCAGCCACACUGUGGCCACCUUCCUUGACGACCUGGCGCGGAAGCUGAAGCCACUGGGUGCUCAGGAGCGUGCCGUGAUCCUGGAGCUGAAGGAGGAGGAGUGCAUGCACCGUGGGCUGCCAUUCGAUGGGCAUAUCCAUGCGUGGGACAUGCGCUACUACAUGAAUCAGGUGGAGGAGACACGCUACCAAGUGGACCAGAACCUGCUCAAGGAGUACUUCCCCAUGCAGGUGGUGACUCGAGGCCUGCUGGGCAUCUACCAGGAGCUGCUGGGCCUCACUUUCUCCCUGGAGGAUAGCGCCAAUGCCUGGCAUGAAGACGUGCAGCUCUAUUCUGUGCGUGAUGCCGCCUCUGGGAAGGAGAUGGGCAAGUUCUACCUGGACCUGUACCCCAGGGAAGGCAAGUAUGGUCACGCGGCCUGCUUUGGCCUUCAACCUGGCUGUCUGCGGCCAGAUGGCAGCAGGCAGCUGGCCAUCGCCGCCAUGGUGGCUAAUUUCACCAAGCCCACGGCCGACACACCGUCACUACUGCAACACGAUGAGGUGGAGACGUACUUCCACGAAUUUGGCCACGUCAUGCACCAGCUCUGUUCACAGGCUGAGUUUGCCAUGUUCAGUGGGACCCACGUGGAGCGUGACUUUGUGGAAGCACCAUCACAGAUGCUGGAGAACUGGGUGUGGGAGAAGGAACCACUGCUGCGCAUGUCCCAGCACUACCGCACAGGCAGUGCCAUACCACAGGAGCUGCUGGACAAGCUGGUCAAGUCCCGCCAGGCCAACACUGGUCUCUUCAAUCUGCGCCAGAUUGUGCUGGCCAAGGUGGACCAGGCUCUACACACACAGACCAACGCAGACCCUGCUGAGGAGUACUUUCGGCUCUGUCAGGAGAUCCUUGGGGUCCCUGCCACCCCAGGGACCAACAUGCCAGCCACAUUUGGUCACCUGGCGGGUGGCUAUGAUGCACAGUACUAUGGCUACCUGUGGAGCGAGGUCUACUCCAUGGACAUGUUCCAGACACGCUUCAAGCAGGAGGGCGUGCUCAGCCCCAAGGUUGGCAUGGAUUACCGGAGCUGCGUGCUCCGACCUGGAGGCUCUCAGGACGGCAGCACCAUGCUGAAACAGUUCCUGGGUCGUGAGCCUACACAAGAUGCCUUCCUGCUGAGCAAGGGCCUACAGCUGGACACUGAGCCGCCUGCUAGCUGACCUCGCUGACCACCGUGUCUUAGCCAGCUCAGCCUGGCCGCCACAGCCCCUCAGACCUGUGGACUGCGCAGAUCAGCCUGGCUUGGGGUUCCCUGUGCUCAGGGCCCAUGGGGGCCCCUGCUAGGCACCCCUCUCUUGCACUAGCCCCUCCCCAGCAGCCCUGAUGUCAGACACAGACCCCUAUAUAGCCAUUAAACUCCACAUGGCAACU